GUACUUCUCGCUGCGAUUGACGCAUUAUCUGCGGCACAGCUUGCUGUCAACGACCGUGAUCGUUCUUUGGUCAAUCGCUCUCGGUCGAUGUACGGGAAAGCUCUUAGCCAGAUGCUGAAAGCUAUCCAGGAUCCAGAGCUGGCAGUGAAAGACGAGACAUUGCUGUCGACCUACAUGCUCACCUUAUAUGAGGUCUUUGUCGGUGUCACUCAGGGACAUGGCUUCUUUUACCACGUACAAGGCUUACUGCACUUGGUCCGGCAGCGUGGUCCAGCAUCCUUUACCACCAGAUUGAGCUUGCAGAUCUUUCAUGCGAUUCGAUAUAACUCGGUAUGAAAUCUAGCGACAUUUCAAUAAUUAUUACUGACGGAACUAAGCUGAGUAUCGGCUACCAUAUGCGCAAAGCGUCGCUGCUUGAUAGUCAUGAAUGGCUCGCAGUGACGGCACGAGCUGCAAAGACAGAUCCUUAUGUUGCCCUGAACGACAUUUGCAUCUGCAUCCCACGACUUCUGGAACGAACCGACAAGAUCGGCAUGCUUGACUGUCCCCCGACCGAACUCGACUCGGUGAUCGAAGACUCGCAAAAACUAGCAAACCGGGCCUUCGAAUGGCUCUCGGACUUCGAAAAAUAUGGGCCCCGCUAUGACAAAGUCGAUAUUGCAUCGAUGGAGACCUUCCUGGAGACAAUUUGCGCAGACCGGGUGUUCGAUCCUGUAUACAAUUUUCACUAUUUUAGUGCCGGCAUCUGCUACAUGAUAUACUGGAUGAGCAUGCUGAUCAUGCAGUCGAACACUUUCAAACUUCUCCGAACGCAUCGUCAGCUUGAGCCGAAACAGCUGAUGAUAUGGGGGCGACAGUUGAGCGGAUAUGCUGACAGUAUCUGCAAGAGCAUUCCGUUUCACUGCAGACCGCAGACAGGAUAUACGGCGAAGUUCGGUUGCUUGACGCCGUUGGUGGUCGCACGGAAGUUUUAUGAGAAUGCAGGGCCUAUGAUGGCAGUCAAAGAGCAAUGGUGCGCAAAAGUGUAUAUUUUGGCCAGGGUGCCUGGAUUAUAUCAGGAGACGCCAGUUGCACUUGAGCCCUUUAAGGCAGUGCAGACUACUGUGCAGCAGGGGGCUAAAAAGUUCAUCUAGGCAUCUGCGCAACUGAAAGGAUCCAAAUUGACAACGACACAGGCAAAUUCCACUC